UGUCGAUAAAAUGGGAUUCAUGCUGUUGUCAUGUAUAAUCCUUCUCAAGCUCACAAUCGCACAAGCGUGGUGUCCGGGCUCCAACCUAUUAUGGAAGUCCCCGCAGCCAGAGCAGAUUCACCUUUCACUUACAGUGAGACAAUCUUCCCCCAGGGGACCCCUCCGAGAUGAUGGUCACGUGGGCCACCAUGGCGCGGACCAAUAACAGCUUCGUGGAGUUUGGCUUGAGGGGUCAACCGCUAGGCAGUAAGGUCGAUGCCGAAGUUUCCAAGUUCAGGACGUGCGGAGUGAAAAAGCGCACAAUCUGGAUCCACCGAGCCAAACUCGAGGGACUGGUGCCCAGUGAGGGAUACGAUUACCGGUGUGGCGGGGACCACGGAUGGAGUGCAAUCUACACUUUUAACGCGUCCAAUGCUGGUUCGGAUUGGUCGCCGAGUUUUGCAGUGUAUGGUGACCUCGGGGUCGGGAACCCUAUGGCUCUAGCUAAACUUCAGCGAGAAGUUCAGUCCGGGCACUAUGACGCGAUACUUCACAUAGGAGACUUUGCAUACGAUAUGGCUUCGGAUAUGGCGAGGGUAGGCGAUACGUUCAUGAACCAGAUCGAGACUAUGGCGGCAUACACACCAUAUAUGGUCUGCCCCGGAAAUCACGAGCAUGCGUGCAAUUUCUCCGACUACAGAAAAAGAUUCAGCAUGCCCGGCGGGACCGAGGGAAUCUUUUACAGCUGGAAUAUCGGUCCAGCUCACAUCAUAAGCUUCAGCACCGAGGUGUACUACUUCCUUCAGUUCGGGAUUGAACAACUUGUGCAACAGUACAAAUGGCUGCAGAAAGAUCUAGAGGAGGCGAAUCUGCCACAUAACCGCGCCCAGAGGCCCUGGAUCAUCACGAUGGGGCACCGCCCCAUGUACUGCUCCAACAUCGUGGGAGACGGCUGUCAAAACCACGAGAACGCGAUUCGCACUGGUAUAACCUCAUUAAAGCUUUUUCCGUUAGAGGAGCUUUUCUAUAAACACGGUGUUGAUCUUCAGCUAUACGGCCACGAGCAUUCUUACGAGCGUCUUUAUCCUGUUUAUCAGCAUAAGAUAUACAAGGGCUCUGAAGAGGAGCCAUACACAAACCCAAAAGCGCCCGUACACCUUACUUCCGGGUCAGCGGGUUGUAAAUACUGUCAUGAUAGCUUCAAACGUGACUACGGGCCGUGGACGGCGUUUCGUUCACUGGACUAUGGUUUUACAAGAAUGAAAAUCCACAAUAACACACACUUGUACUUCGAACAAGUCAGCAUAGACAAGGAUUACGAGGUCAUUGAUAAAGUCUGGCUCAUUAAGGACACCCAUGGGCCCGCAAGUUUCCAAGAUGCGCCGCAGACAUCCAGUCAGCAGCCUUCCGAUAAGAAGAUGCGCGUGAACAAAAUACGCAACUCGGGAUCAGAAAUUUCUCAAGCAGUCACCGAUAUGAUUAAGAACUAUUACUCCAAACUUAAAGGGGUCAAGGAUCCUUACUUAUGAAUUCAAUAAUAACUUGCGCGUUUAGUAAAUUAAAAGCGUUAGUAUUUGGUUUUA